UCUGCUUUACGGCAGUGUAGCAGGCAGUUAUCUUCCAGUCCCUUCUUCCGCCCUUCUUUUUCGCGACGUCGUCGUGGAAAGAAGGAAGCUUUCCAGCGGCGUGCUUGGCGACAAGCCGGAGGACAAACUUCUGGGGAGGGGGAGAGCGAGUAUCUUCGCCAUGAGGCAAAAGAAGAAAGGAGAUCUCAGUCGGGCAGAGCUUAUGAUGAUGACUAUAGCUGAUGUCAUUAAGCAGCUCAUUGAAGCUCAUGACCUGGGCAAAGAUGUAAACUUGAACAAGAUAAAGACCAAGACAGCCGCUAAGUACGGGCUUUCAGCGCAGCCCCGCCUGGUUGACAUCAUUGCUGCUGUGCCCCCCCAGUACCGCAGAGUGCUGGUUCCCAAGCUGAAGGCGAAGCCCAUCCGCACUGCUAGUGGGAUUGCUGUAGUGGCAGUGAUGUGUAAGCCACACAGAUGUCCACACAUUAACUUCACGGGAAACAUAUGUGUGUACUGCCCAGGAGGCCCCGAUUCUGACUUUGAAUAUUCAACACAAUCGUACACUGGAUAUGAGCCAACUUCCAUGAGGGCCAUCCGCGCCAGGUAUGACCCGUAUCUCCAGACCAGGCACCGGGUUGAACAGCUGAAGCAGCUGGGCCACAGCGUGGACAAAGUAGAGUUCAUUGUCAUGGGCGGGACAUUCAUGGCACUUCCUGAAGAAUACCGAGAUUAUUUUAUCCGCAACUUGCACGAUGCUUUAUCGGGUCACACGUCCAACAACGUGGCAGAGGCCGUCAGAUACUCUGAGCGAAGCCUGACAAAGUGCAUUGGGAUUACUAUAGAGACCAGGCCCGAUUACUGCCUGAAACGGCACUUGAGUGACAUGUUGUCUUACGGAUGCACCAGGCUGGAGAUUGGCGUGCAGAGUGUCUACGAGGAUAUAGCUAGAGAUACGAACAGGGGCCAUACGGUGAAGGCUGUGUGUGAAUCAUUUCACUUAGCCAAAGAUGCCGGGUUCAAGGUGGUGGUACACAUGAUGCCAGAUCUGCCCAACGUGGGACUUGAGAGAGACAUUGACCAGUUUGUGGAGUUCUUUGAGAAUCCUGCCUUUCGCCCAGAUGGCAUGAAGCUCUAUCCGACUCUUGUGAUCCGUGGCACUGGCCUAUAUGAGCUCUGGAAGACUGGGCGGUACAAGAGUUACCCUCCGAGCACCCUUGUUGAAUUGGUGGCAAGGAUUCUGGCUCUUGUGCCUCCGUGGACACGAAUCUACCGAGUGCAAAGGGAUAUCCCAAUGCCUUUGGUCAGUUCUGGAGUAGAGCAUGGCAACUUGAGAGAACUUGCACUGGCCAGGAUGAAGGACCUGGGGACAGAGUGCCGUGAUGUGAGGACGAGAGAAGUCGGAAUACAAGAGAUUCAUCACAAAGUGAGACCCUACCAGGUGGGGCGUCUUCCUUCUCUGCAGGGCUUGCUUGUGGAGCUGAUUCGGAGAGAUUAUGUGGCCAACGGCGGCUGGGAGACCUUCCUCUCCUACGAGGAUCCCGAGCAAGACAUCCUGAUUGGCCUCCUGCGUUUGCGGAAGUGUUCAGAGGAGACUUUCAGGGCGGAGCUGAAGGGAGGCGUCUCUGUUGUCCGAGAGCUCCAUGUCUACGGGAGCGUGGUCCCCGUCAGCAGCCGAGAUCCCUCGAAAUUCCAGCACCAGGGAUUUGGGAUGUUGCUGAUGGAGGAGGCGGAGAGGAUAGCUAAAGAAGAGCAUGGGGCGUGGAAGAUUGCCGUCAUUUCAGGCGUGGGCACCAGGGAUUACUACAGGAAGAUCGGCUAUGAGCUGGAAGGACCUUACAUGGUGAAAAGGCUAGACUGAGGCGAACUUAACUAGUAGUGUUCAAGGCUGUGUCUGUGUGCACUGAUUCUGCUGAGGCCAGGGCAGAAGGGGAAAUGACAACUUCCUGCCACAAAACCCUGGCUUGGGGAUGAAAACAUCAGUCAGCCCCGAUCAGUUACCAGCAAAGGAUUCCAUUUCUUCUGAUGUCCCAACUCAAGCCCCAGAACCUUUGCAACUUGGCGCCUCUGACAGAGGAUUCUCUUCUUACCUUGGAAACUUUCAUUAUCAUUGAGUGUAGAAUCCAGAGGAGCUCCUGUCAGGCCUUGGUUUUGUUCGGUGUGCAGAUGCCUGCAAUUUGGCUGCCAAUCUGAAACCUGCCUUUUAUUCCCUGUUGCAUCUCCAUUUCACAUCGGGCUGCUUGUUUCCUUGCUGUAAUACUUGUUUUCAUACUAUAGCACCCGCUGAUAUCAGCAAGGUCCUUCAAGGGGACGAGGACCCUGGCACGGAGAUCUUUUGACGACUUGCCUUGGGCUGGAGAGUGAACAUUAGCCUUUUCUCAGGGAGGAUGUAGAAGAGAAUUUCACACACUCACCCAGGGCCAGCGCCAGACAUGCCAGGGCUCUUGGACACCAGCCUGCCCUGGGCUCUGGCACACGUACACACACCCCACCUACCUAUCUACCUAGCGAGCAGGGAGGGGCCGGGAUGGCGGGCGAGUGCCAGAGCGAGCAAGCGGGGGGAGGGAGGGCGGUUGCGGGCGGCAGCUCCCUCCCUGCGAUCCCUGCUGCGGAUUGCAGAAGGGGAACGCUACUACCCCACCCUAACAAGGGCCCCUGUGGGCCACGGCCACCCUUUGGCACCAGCCCUGCACUCACCCCAUGCUUUUUUUGAAGCUGCUUGGAUAUUACUGACUUCCAGGUAGGGGCUCGUUCCCCUGUCCUGUCUCCAGCUUGCCUUCCCCCUGGGUUGUGAGGAAUCCCGACACAGCUGCACUCUCUGCACUGUGGGACCGUGAGACCGCUCUGUUUUUUAAAGGACCCUACUUGGUUUCAGCACUUGGGUUUAUUUUGUGUGAGCACACUGAGGGCCUGUGGUGGCUAGGGUUGCCAGGUUCCUGGCCUGAGACUUAUCCUGUAUCUUUAGGAGAAGAGAAAGUCAGCCAAGUGCAGGUGUUCUUGCAACAUUGUAAUGGGAAAAACCACAAGGUGGAAUUCUCCCUUCCACCUGCACAACUUUUAAAGAUACAGAAGAACUCUUGGUUGCCAAGCCCAGUCCAAGAUGUCUUCUGUAUCUUUCAAAGUUGGGCAGGGGGAAGGGAGAAUUCCACCUUGUGGUUUUCCCUUUACAGAGUUGCAGAGAACACCUGCACUUGGCUGACUUUCUUUUCUCCUAAAGAUACAGGAUCAGUCUCAGGCCCUGAACCUGGCAACCCUGGUGGUGGUACAUCUUAGCCCCAUUCUGCUGCAACUGCUUCCUGAAUCCCACCUUGCCACAGUGCUGAAAAGAGUCGAGCAACACGGAUAUCAGCUGCAGCCACUUCAGGGUUCAGCAUUAUUUUUCCAAUGUUUUCCCACAGUAUCUGCCGAGAGGUGGGGGGGUUUGGGGUGGGGGGGUCACAGAGGUGGAGGAGGUCUAAAAUCCAGAUGCAACAAUCCAUCCUGGAUGAUUUAACCUGGCCUUUUCUGUGCUGGCAAAGUAGCAGAGGCUGCUUUGUCUUCAUGCAUUUAGAGCAGGGAGGGGGAAGAAUCGGUGGUCCUCCCAAUGUUGUCGCACCCCAACUCCCACCAGCCCCAGCCAGCACGGCCAGUGGAGGGGAUGAUGGGAGUUGUAGUCCCUGGAGGGGCCCCACAGGAUCCCCAGCCCUGGCUUAGAGUGCUUUUGAGGGCUGGGACAAAGGCAUCUCUGUGGGUUGCAGAGACAGAAGCCACCAAGGAGAGAGAAGAGCCAACUUCUGUAAAGCAGCCUGUAGUUGGGUAAAAAAACCUGCUAAUAAAACAGCAAUUUUUUUUGCAGUC